AUGGAAGACUUUACAGAUAACGCUAUCAAAAUUAUCAAUAAUGCCACAGAAUUGGCAAAGCAACAGGCCAAUUCGCAAUUGUUACCCCUUCAUUUUCUUGCUGCAUUUAUUCCAUCAGAUGAUACUGAAGGUUCAACACAGUAUUUGAAGACAUUGAUCAAGAGAGCAAGAUACGAAUGGGGGGAUUUUGAAAGAAUCGUGAACAGACAUUUGGUCAAAAUACCAUCCCAGAGCCCCCCUCCAGAUGAAAUACGACCAAGCUAUCAGGCUGGUCAGGUAUUAACCAAGGCCAACAAAAUUAAACAACAACAAAAGGACUCAUAUGUUGCCCAGGAUCAUAUUUUGUUGGCGCUUUUGGAGGAUCAAUCAAUUAAGGAUAUAUUCAAAGAAGCUGGUAUGAGUGUUGACACAAUAAAGACACAAGCUAUUGAAUUGAGAGGCUCUCAAAGAAUCGACUCCAGACAAGCUGAUUCAUCUUCGUCUUAUGAAUUUUUGAACAAGUAUUGUGAAGACUUUACUGAAAAAGCAAGGGAAGGUAAGAUUGAUCCCGUGAUUGGUAGAGAGGAAGAAAUCCGAAGAGUCAUCAGAGUUUUGGCAAGAAGAAGUAAAUCUAACUCGGUCUUGAUUGGUGAUGCUGGUGUUGGUAAAACUUCUAUUGUUGAAGGAGUUGCACAAAGAAUUGUUGAUGGGGAUGUUCCAAAUGUUUUGGCUGGCUCAAGAUUAUUUGCUCUUGAUUUGGGUGCAUUGACUGCAGGCGCAAAAUACAAGGGUGAGUUUGAAGAGAGAUUGAAAGGUGUUUUGAAUGAAAUUGAAAAAUCCAAAGAGUUUAUCAUCUUGUUCAUUGAUGAAAUCCACAUGUUGAUGGGUGACGGUAAGUCAGAUGCUGCUAACUUGUUGAAACCAAUGUUGGCCAGAGGUGCAUUGCAUUGUAUUGGUGCUACUACUUUUGCUGAGUACAGAAAGUUUAUUUCCAAAGAUGGUGCAUUUGAAAGAAGAUUCCAAAAAAUCGAUGUUCCUGCUGCCACUGUGCAAGAAACUGUUGCCAUUUUAAGAGGUAUUCAGCCUAAAUAUGAAAUUCACCAUGGGGUCCGUAUAUUGGAUAGUGCAUUGGUCACUGCUGCCCAGUUGGCCUCAAGAUACUUGACGUACAGAGCAUUGCCUGACUCUGCGGUUGAUCUUGUUGACGAGAGUGCUGCUGCUGUUGCCGUUGCUAGAGAUUCCAAGCCUGAGGAGUUGGACACUUUGGAAAGACAAUUGCACUUGGUGGAUGUUGAAAUCAAUGCAUUGGAAAGAGAUAAAGAUGCAGACUCUGCUUCUAAAGAACGUUUGAAUUUGGCGAAAAAGAAGAAGGCCGAAUUGGAAGAAAAAAUUGGUCCAUUGAAUGAAAGAUACAAGCAGGAACGUGCUAGUCAUGAACAAUUGACUGCAGCAAAAAGAAAAUUGGACGAGCUUGAAAUCAAAGCCCAAGAUGCUGAGAGAAGAUACGAUACUGCCACUGCUGCUGACUUGAGAUACUUUGCCAUCCCAGAUAUCCAGAAGCAGAUUGAAGAGUUGGAAGUCAAAGUUGCUGAAGAGGAGGCUUCUAAUUUGGACAGUUUGUUGAAGAAUGCAGUUGGGCCAGAACAAAUAUGUGAGACUGCUGCUAGGUUGACCGGUAUCCCUGUCACGAAAUUGUCGCAAGCCGAAAAUAACAAAUUGAUCAAUAUGGAAGCAGAAUUGUCGAAAGAAGUUGUUGGACAAUCGGAAGCUGUGAAGGCGGUUUCCAAUGCCAUCAGAUUGAGAAGAUCGGGUUUGGCUAAUCCUAAUCAACCACCAUCAUUUUUGUUCUUGGGUCUUUCUGGUUCAGGUAAGACUGAGUUGGCCAAAAAACUUGCUGGUUUUCUUUUUGCAGAUGAAAAGGCAAUAAUUAGAAUUGACUGCUCCGAAUUGGGAGACAAAUGGUCUGCUUCGAAAUUGUUGGGUGCUGCUCCAGGUUAUGUUGGAUAUGAAGAAGGUGGUAUCUUAACUGAGCCAUUAAUCAGACGACCAUAUUCCGUUGUUUUAUUGGAUGAAGUUGAAAAAGCUGCUCCAGAAGUGUUGACUGUGUUGUUACAGAUUUUGGAUGAUGGUAGAGUUACCUCUUCUCAAGGUAAACUUGUUAACUGCUCGAAUGCCAUUUUCAUAAUGACUUCUAAUUUGGGUGCAACCUACAUCAAUGCCGCCAAGGGAAGCAAGAUUGAUGCCAACACGAAGGAACAUGUUAUGGAUGCUGUGAGAGCCCAUUUCAGACCUGAAUUUAUCAACCGUAUUUCCAGUAUUGUUGUGUUUAACAGAUUGUCUAGAAAGGCUAUUUCCAAGAUUGUCAAGAUCAGGUUGUCAGAAAUUGAGAACAGAUUUACUGCUAAUGGUAAGGCUAUACAAUUGAAGCUAGAUGAUGAUGCCAUGGAAUAUUUAUGCAAGAAUGGGUGGUCGCCUGACUUGGGUGCAAGACCAUUAAAUCGUUUGAUCCAAAAUGAGAUUUUAAAUAGAUUGGCUGUUAUGUUAUUGAAGGGCCAAAUCCAAGAUAAAGAAACUGCCAGAGUUGUUCUUGGUGAAAAAGGCUUGGAGAUCUUACCAAACCAUGAACCAGAAGAUGUGGAAAUGAAUGAUGUUGAUAACUGGGAAGAUUCAGAGGACGAAGAUGAUGACGAGGCCAGAUUUACUUCACCUGGACUUGAUUAA